UAUAUAAACCAUUCUCAAUGCUAUUCUUUUUCAUCAAGAUUAAACCAUAUAUAGUUUCCUAUAUAUACCACUCUAAUUAACUCCUUUUCUCUUUAAGCAUAUAUAUAUAUUCUUAGUAUUCCAAUUAUGGCCACUGCUAAGGUUGUAUCAGCAACAACUGCACUCUCCGAAGACACGACCAAGUUAUCAUUGAAAUCUGAUGAGAAAACCACUGAAGAAAUUGUUGACACUAACAGUCCAAUUCCACCACUUGCAUCAGAAGCCAAAGAAGAAGAAUCUUCAGUUGAAGAAACCAAACCUUUGGUUGAAGCUGAGACUAAAGAGGUUGUAGAAGAAGAAGUUGUUGAGACUGUGAAAGACACAGAAGAGGAACCAAAGAAGGAAGAAGAAGAGACCAAGACAGAAGAACCUGUUGAGGAAACAAAAGAAGAAAAUGCUGAUUCUGUUGCUGAGGUUGUUCAGGAAACAAAAGAAAAUGGCGUGACAGAAAAUGUUGUUGUUAAGGAUGAGAAUGUGAUUGCUGAGUCUGAAACUAUAGACAAUAUUGUUAACGUAGAAGAAGCCAAAGAAGAGAAAAGUGAAGAGAAUGUUGAGAAAAAAGAAACCUCAGAAGAGAAAAAUGAAGAAAAAGUUGAGAAAGAAGAAGCAUCAGAUGAAAAGAAAGAAGAGGAAGUGAUCACUGAGAAGAAGAAGAAGAAGAAGACUGAAGAAGAGGCUCCAAUUGAGAAGAGUGGAUAAGGAAAGAAAAAAAAAAUGAAGUUUUUAUGAAACUAUGUUUAAUUAGAGAAUUAAGGGGUUAAUUACUUUAAUUACUUAAAGUUUAAGUUAAUAAGUUGAAUAUGUCUUGUUGUUGAAUGUCUUUUUCUUGUUACAUGGUAGUGGUGUAAUAAAAUAGCUAUAGUACUUACUUGCUUGUAGCUAAAUGCAUGGGUAGAAGACAUGGGUGAUGUGAUUACACACACACACAGACACACUUGAAUUUACCCUAUGCAACUUUUUUCAGUAAUGUGUUUUUCUAUGUGUGAUUUGCAUUAUGGCUUUGUUUGUUUGUUUGUUCAAAUAAUAAAUAUUUAGAUUAUUAUUAUUAGUAUA